UUUGGCGUUCGACCAUGGAGCUGAGAGGUUGUUUGUUUGUCUGUUUGUUGCUUUGCCUCUCUUAUAUCGUUACCGGCCAAGUAAGCAUGACAUGCCGUCCGAACGAGCGGUUCCUGUCUUGCGGAAGCUGCCAGCGUACUUGCCGUAACCCAGUCCCUGACUGCAUUAGCAUCUGCAGAACUGGUUGCUACUGCCCCGAAGACCAAGUCAGGAAUGACACUGGACAUUGUGUCAAGCUUUCAGAGUGUCCUCCAAUUUCUCCACACAAGCUUUACACCUCCGAGCCUCAUUUCACCGAAACAGAAUGUCCAGAAAACGAAGAAUACCGAAUCUGCGAACCCUGCAAUCGAACUUGCGAUAACCCAAACCCAAUUUGCCCAGCGCAAUGUGGAAGGGGAUGUUUCUGCAAAGAGGAUUUGUUCAGGAACAGGGAUGGGCGAUGCGUUUCGUUCAGUAAAUGUAAUCGAAAGAGCGAGAGUUCAAACUUCAUUAAACCAGCCUACGAGCUAACCUGCGGCCCACAUCAGGUCUACAAUAGCUGUCGUCUCUGCGAGAGCACUUGCAGCAGCGCCACACCUGUCUGCCGUACCUCCUGCGUGGCUGGAUGCUUCUGCGAACCUGGAUACCUCAAAAGUCCCAGCGGAGAGUGUGUUUUAUUAAAGAACUGUCCUAGAGCGGAAAUAACCCUAGGCGGAAUUCAGGAGCCCAGCAUUGAAGACUGUUCCUCUGAUGAGAUCUACCUGUCGUGUGGAUGGUGCGAACCAAGCUGCUGGGAACCCAGACCAGAGUGCCCGCUUGGAAUCUGUACUAGGGGCUGUCUGUGUAGGCCGCCGUUGCUGAGGCAUCAUAGCGGACAUUGCGUGGAGGAGAAGGAUUGCGCGCCUCAAAAGUGCUCCGACCCCGAUGAGGAGUUUGUCUGCAGAUACGGCUGCGAAGCUCGAUGUGGCUCCAUGAAGUGCAACAUUAGGCCUCGACGGUGCGUCCUGGGCUGCCACUGCAAGCUCGGUUUACUACGUGACGUCUCUGGCAAGUGUGUUACCGCCGAACAGUGUAAAGAUACAUUGCAAAACAACGUCACUAAUGUCACACAUACCCCGGAAGUAUCGUUCCUACCAAACGGCAAAAAGAGGCAAAGAGAUAAAUUUAUUUUUGACUAUGAUUCAACGUCAACUGAAGACUCAGCAGAAAUAAUUAUGCUUUCCGACAAGUCUACUAAUACUAAUAAUUUGUUAAAGAAUAUGAAUACUGAACAGUCACUACCAAAUGGACGUCUAGGGGUUUUUCCACCAGUUUUCGAAAAAACAUCCGACUCUAAAAGGUAUUUCGAAGAAAUCUCAUAUACCUAUAGCAGAUUUAUCACAACACCCAAGCCACUCUUUGAAGCACACACGGUCAAUAGUAAUAAAGUAAUAAAGUCCAUGAACCCCGAUCUCAACUAUAACGCAACAAGUAACAUGUAUAAAACUACCUUAGAUAUUUCGAGAACAACCGAUGAAAUGACUUUAACAAAUAAUACUUUGAACUUACCUUUAUAUCCAAUACUCAGCCAAGCUAAAAUUGAUUUCCUUGACAAAACUACUGUAAAGAUCGAGAGUGAAACAAAUUUUAAAAUUCAAAACAAUGUCACUGAUGCUACAAACGUGAACACUGAAGAACAAGAUAAGAAAACUACAGCAAAUCCUAGUACUACAAACACACCCACUUCAUCGUCUAAAACAUUCCCUGUAAACAAUAAAAUGUAUCUAAAUGAGAAUAAUGACAUUAAUCCUUCAAGAGUACCAGUGAACCUCAAACAAUAUAAACCUGACAAGGACGUACUUUCAAGGGCUGUAAAAUACUACAAAGAUUUUACAGCCAGCACUCCGUCGCCGUACCUAGACAUGAAUGUAAUAAGAGUACCGCUAUCAUAUAAAAUUGAAGACAAUUUACACGUUCUUUUCUCGAAUAAUCAUAAAGAUCAGGAUAAACGUUCAACAUUGAUUAAAGAAACAAGUCCUACAUUUACUUCAUUUAUGGAAUUUCCUUUUUCAUCUAAACCUCCAAAAGAUAUGCAACAUGUGAAGCCUUCGCCUGCAAAUAGCAACCUAUUUGGCCUGGCUAAUAAUCCGUUCAUGAAGAAUAGAGACACAAAGUCUACGAGAGAAGAAAACAUGCAAGAUACUAUAGUCAGCAAUAUCUUACAUGCAAUGCGGAAAAUAUUGCCAACGCCUGUGAAUUUGACUAUUCUUAAUUUUUCGAAGUAA